CUUAAGCGGCGCGUUUUCUUUUUGUGCUCAAAAAUUAAACGCGUUUUUCUAUUACCUUUUGCUGUCGUUGUGGUUGUUACUUCUUUUUAUUUUUUUUUUUAUCGAAAUGUUUUAAUCAAGAAACUUUUGGCACAUAAAUAUGAAUUAAAUUAAUUUUAGGAAAAUUUAUUUAAAAAGGAAAAAAAGGAUUUCAAAUCUCAGCUAAUGCUGAUCCGCACCAUCUAAUUUAUUUUAAUGUUAAUGUGUUAUUAUUCAACACAAAAGCAAAUAUGGGAUUUUAUACACAAUUAAUUUACAUCACCACACUGCACACACUGAUUGUAGUCAUACUAUCGACUCAUGGUGCCCAAAUACCCACAAAAGACCAUUUCACGGACUAUGAAAGUAUUCCGACGUCAACCAAGACAUCAGUUGAGCCGACAGUGAAAAUUAAAUGUUUAUCGGGCUCGAUGCUGAUAACCAUUAAAGAUCCACCAACAAAUCAUGAAACAGGUUUAUUCAGCGGGAUGAUUUAUCCAAGGGGUUUAUCGAAGAAUUCGACAUGUCUUACAGAAUACAGAGAUCAUGAUAGUCCUCUACGAUACAAACUGCCUCUGAGAAGUUGCAAUACGAUGCCCCAAGAAACGGAUGACGGUGGUAUUGAGUUUUUCAAUACAAUAGUUUUGCAGCCACAUUUAAAAUUGAUAACCGAUGCUGGUCGUGGUUACCAUGUACGAUGCUCCUACAAAAGUCGUGACGCUGCCAUGAAUGCAAAUAAAUACCAUAAUCAUCAUAAAAAAACCGAAAGCAAAUAUGCGCAGAAACCGCAAGCAUAUCGCAGUGCUGAAGCUGAUCUGACAGAUAGAAGAAAUUAUGGCAGAUCUUUGGAUAAAUAUCAAGUCAAUGGUGGUAUUCUGGAUGAAGAUGAUACCUUCAAUGAUGCCGAGGAUAGUGCUGACAGUCAAAAUGAGGAAGAAGAUGAAGGUAGUGAAAAUGAGAUACCAAUGCCUGGCUGUCACAUGAAAAUUUACAAUUCGGAGCAUAAAAUAGCUAAUGAUGUAAGAAUUGGUGAUCCUUUGACAAUUGUGGUGAAUAUUGAUAAACAAGACUUAUACGGUCUACAUGUAACCGAUUGCAUUGUACGCGAUGGAUUAGGUUGGGGUGAACAACGUCUAGUUGGAGAGGAUGGAUGUCCUAUGGAUAAUGAAAUAAUGGGUCAAUUUAAUUAUACGAACGAUCGUUUAGCAGCUAAUGUUACUUUUCCGGCUCAUAAAUUCCCUUACACUACGUCAGUAUACUAUCAGUGUAAUGUGAAAUUAUGUGAUGUAAAAGAUCCCGAAUGCCAAAUGGCACCACUGUGUGGCGGCAAAAGGCCCAAACGCCAAACUACUAAUGAUACGAGAGACGAAGAUGGUAUGCCUGCCACGAUUGAAGUAUUUUCCGGUCUGUAUGUUAACGAAAAUGUCGAAGUUAACGAAGGUGAUGAUGAUUCGGUCUUUAAAGAGAAGCAGACUCUAGAGGAUGCCUUGUGCGUUUCGCAACGCACUUUUGCCAUAGCCAUAGCUAUAGCUGGUCUUAUACUAAUGCUAGCGGUAGUAGCGGCAGUUUUAUGCAUCAUGGCCAAACGUAGCACUAAAGCUGUAUCACAUUCCGGCAGCUCGAUCUACAGCGGACCUUAUACAAAUACUGCUUUUUCGCAUAGCAGCUAAAUUAUGAAGCGUCACUGGCUCAACCGAGACGCCCAAAAACACUUGAAGUGUUUCAAAAACAAAAAAAAAGUCAAAUUAUUAGUUAGAAAAGCCUCGAGUAAGCUGUUCGUAUUGAAAAGAAGAAAGAGAUAUUAUAUGAGAAAAAUGAUGUAAUUUUUUUUUUUUUUAAAGUCGACUUUUCCUUCAAAAUGAGAGGAUCUUGAUAUUGAUUCCACUGAGUUCAACUCGGUUGUAUUUAGUUAUAAGGAAGCGUAUCGAAACGAAAAAAUUACAUUUACUAUUAGACUUAAGCUGGCCAAAGAUAUUAAAGGGUUAUAAUUUAUAUGUAUGUGUAUAUAUACAUAUAUAUAUAUGUAUAUAUAUGUAUGUAUUAAUUUAACUUAAAGUUUAUAUGCUUAACCCUCUAAUAUCGCAGAGAUUUUAAGGGUAAACCUCGAAAAGGAAAAAAAUCUCUGUUUUUAAUAUUAUAUGCAUAUAUAUAUAUAUAUAAAUUAAUUCAAUUCCUAAACAAACGGUGUGGGUUUAGUUUUUAUCUUUAUAUUUAUAUUUAUGUUUUUUUUUGUUUUUCUUCACUACAGUUGGCUACUUUUUCUUUCGAUCAAGUUACCGCGAAAGUAAUUGAAUCCUUUUGUUAUACCCAUCACCGUAGUUAAAACGUUUGCAAAACUUUGAAGAAAGUCUAAGAAACUCCUUAAGUAUAUAUAGUCUUGAUCAGCAUCAAAUUCUAAACCGAUUUAAACAUGUCCGUCUGUCUGUCUGCCAUCUAGCAAACAUUCCCCUGAUCGCAACAAUGCAGUAACAGCCUUCACAUUUUGCGUGACGAGUGAAAACCCUUGCAGACGAAUUUUUGUUGGUAUUUAGCCAAAUCCAUCCAAGGACACGAACACAGUACAACAUAGUGUGACACAUAACCUCUACUUCCAACAAUAGAAAAAGUGACAUUUUUGCUCGUUACUUAUAAACCACAACUGAUACGAGCAUAAUUUGUAUCUAUAUUGUACGGGCUGUUCUGCAGCAUCAGUGCAAAAAUGGAUAAAAGUUGGUCACGCGUACUCAAGUUUAUAAAUAACUGAAAUGUGAUUCUUUUAUUAAAAGGUUGCAAUACCCAGAAAGAGACUUCAGAGACCUUAUAAAGUCUACAUAUUAUCGAUUCGCAUCAAGUGUGCACUGUUCUAAAUAUAUUCUCCAGUCUGGCUAUCUCUCUGUUAAUGUCUGAGGUAAGUGCAAAGGAAACCC